AUGAGCAACGAAAGCUGGAACAGUUUCCAAAAAGAGUACGGCAAAUCUGGACGAAAGACCAAGCUCCUGGGAGACCUUGGUUUGGUCCGCGCUGACUCCGGGCGCCAUCUUACCACCACCGUGGUCUCGGCGGCGGCUGUCAUUACACCCGAUAUCACUCGAAGUCUGAAGCGCGGCGGGUCCAAUCCGAAACACAUGUCAGGAGCCGUCUUGCAGGCCAAGAGAUCAGGCUUGACGCGUUCUGGUUCCAAUCCUUCAUUGAUGCUCAAUAAUGGAGGUGGUGGUGUCACCCGAGGUGUCCGCCGGCAUCGAUCCAUGAAGGGAGCCAGAUCAGGCUCCUCCAGCAACUUAUUGGCAGGGCUCACACGCAGCCGGAACUCCAACAAUAGUCUCUCUGGAAGUUCCAGUUCAGGAUUGUCUUUCAAAUAA